AUGGCGACUACUAUGGAUACAGCACUGAGCCUGGAGCCCCAUGCUUACACGAGCGGUCGGUGGUUACGGCGUGAUAAACUGGAGACUGAUUCGCGCUUUAUCCAAUUUGACUUUGGUGCUCUUUGCCAGAAGGUCAUUGAGCUAUGCCCAGGAGCAAAUUUCAUAAAGUCUUGUCAAAAAAUUGAAGGGGGCUUCAACAGGGUCUUUGUCUUCACCCUAGACAAUGCGAAGACGAUCGUGGCGAAGCUCCCAUUUCGACUGGCAGGGCCUGCGAAGCUGACCACUAUUUCUGAAGUUGCUACAAUUCGCUACUUACAAGCGAAGACAAAUAUCCCUAUCCCAAAAGUCCUCGACUACAAUCAUGACGCAAGUGAUGGAACAAAUACCGUCGGCAGCGAGUAUACAAUUAUGGAACAUGCAACUGGCGUUCCACUACGCGAUAAAUGGCAUGAAAUGGCUGGCGACCAGCAAGUUAGGUGCAUAGAUGCAAUCUAUCGGACAGUGAAGGAAAUUGACGAUUUGGAAUUCCCGGCGUAUGGGAGCAUUUACUUCGAUGAUGCUAUUGACUCUGCCAGAAAACAACAUUUAAGUGACGGUUUCUGUAUUGGGCCUCACUGUGGUCCUAGAUAUUGGGACACAGAUACCGGCGAAAGAAGAUAUUAUUGUCACGCAAAUGAAAACCAUGGGCCAUGGUCGAGCAUUGGCAAAUAUUGUGAUGGUCUUAUUGACGCUGGUCUGUCGCGAGUCCCUCCAGUGGAUACCGAACUCGAGGGGAGACCGAUCUAUCAUGGAUUGCCCGAAACGCAUUUGGCUCUUCUAGAACGUACUCGUUCUGUGCUGAAGCGAAUGGCUGCAGAUGCUCGAAUUAGCAAUUCCGCCGUACCCCUAUUAUUCCACCCGGACUUGCAUAUGAGGAAUAUAUUCGUUUCGGAAAACGAUCCUUCUGCCAUCACUAGUAUUGUUGAUUGGCAAUCAGCUAGUAUCGAACCAGCGUUCUGGUACUCAGACGAGGUUCCGGACCUUGCUACAGGGAGUGAGAUAUGCGCCAAAGCUUUUGAGUUAUCUUUACAAUUUUUCGUACCAAAACUCUCAGCCCCGAGACUGAUGAAUGAUGACCUUUUUCGUCCAUUCCGUUAUUGUUAUAGAACAUGGAAGGAUGGUGCAGUGGCUUUGCGUCAUGAGAUGAUUGAAACUGCUCUGCAUUGGAAUAAGUUGGGAUAUGAAGGCCAAUGCCCUUAUCCUCUACCUAUCCAGGAGGAAUUUGAGAACCAUAUAAAGGAAUACAGACUCUUUGAGGCAGCACAGCAAUUGCGGACUGACUUGUCCGGCUUGCUAAAUACAGCAUCAGACGGAUGGGUUCCUCUAGAUGAUUGGAAAGCGACACAAUUAGCUCACAGGGAACUCUUCGAUGGGAUGCUGCAUGCUGUUUUAACCAACGCUAAUUCAGACGAUGGGGAGCCGGUAAAAGACGAGAAAACUUUGAGGUCAAUCUGGCCAUUCGACAUUGAUUAA